ACUCAUCCUUUAUUUAAACUAUUUCAGAUCAAAAGGAACAGGAUCCAGAGUCUGAUCCGCAAGAGGGUUGCGAGAGAACAGCUUGCCUCUGGUGCUGAUGGAGGGGAGCUGGUCUUAUGGAAAUUACAUUCAACAGAUGCUGGUCAGGCAUGGAAAGUCCUCAAAUCUCUAUCAUCUGCAGGUUCUUACAAAAUUUCACCAUCAUCUGGAACAUUAAACACUGCUUAUAUAUUUUCCAGAAAGGAGCUUUCAAGGCCUGCGCUGCAACUCCCUUGCGCCAGCAAGCCUGUUGUAGCUGUUCGUUUUUGCCCUGUGGCUUUCAGGCUUCGGGGAUCAAACCCUGCUGGAUUCUUCAAGCUUCCUUAUCGAAUUGUUUUUGCUGUUGCAACUUUAAACUCAGUGUACGUCUAUGAUACAGAAAGUGUUGCUCCAAUACUAAUAUUGGCUGGUCUUCAUUAUGCACCAAUAACUGACAUUGCAUGGUCAUCUAGUGCCUGUUAUGUAGCGUUGUCAUCUCAAGACGGUUACUGUACUUUGGUGGAAUUUACAAAGGAUGAACUGGGUUUGCCAUUUUGCUUAACUGAAGGAACAAGAGUUGGUGAGAAUGAGAACAAGAUUCAGAGAGCAGAGGAUAUGACGACUGGAACAACUAAAAAUGAUGGUAUGGUUUCAGAGGAUGAGAAAAAGGGUUCAAUUCAGGAAAUGGAGGACAUGGUUAUUGUAACAACUAAAGAUGAUGGUUCUGUUCCAGGAACUAGUAAAACAACUGCAAUUGAAAGGAAACAAGGCAAAUGGGUAUCACUGAGCUCAAUCACCACAAUAACCUCAAAUAAGCCUGCUAAGGAAGCAGAAGACAUGAUGAUUGAAACAACCAAAAAUGACAGUUCAAUGCCAGGAACCAUGAAAAUAAUGGAAGAAGAUAGUGACAGAGGCAAACAGGCAACACUUACCUCAGUGACUACUGCGACCUCGAGUAAACCUGUCAAAAGGAGGAUUACACCAGUAGCAAUUGAUCCAUGAUACUUUUAAAGGCUCAACCUUAAAGUUUCUACGAAGUUCCUCAUCAAGGUUCCAUGUUCUCACUGUAAUCAUUCUUUUGUUUGUUGAGAGUAAGACAUCUCAAUGAAAGAUGUGCUUGAUAUAUCAUCCUUUAUUUGCUUGCAGGUGAUGUAGGCAAGAAAUCAUGGAAUUCUAUUGUUUUAGCAUGUGAAUCUGACUUUCUUGUACUAAUCUGAUUAGAUUAGAGUAUAGAUUUAUUAUAGAGUUUGCCGUGCUGAUAAUAUUCACAAUACAUUGAUAGUUUGCUGUGAUGCUUUCACCCAUUAAAUGAAGUUACAGCUGAAGAUUUUUAUUGAACUCAGUAAAAGCAGUGUGGUGCCAGUAACCCGGACAUUUAUCCACAAACAAAUGGCUAAGCAAGAAAAUUGCGUUUGGAGAUUGCAAGCUUUUCUUAUGGCUGAUCUGAGCAAUUGAAUUGGAAAAGGAGCUAAGAUGAGUUACCAAUAGCAUGUUGUACAUCCAUGUCUUGACAUGUAUUAUCUUUUACUCGUCAAUCUUAUUAGAACUUCAAAGAUUCGAAUUUGCAAUGUACGCUUUCUGCUAUAUGGUGCAAUCUCAGAGUAUUUACCUGGAAAUUAUGUUCAUGGGUUUUCUAGUCUUGUAUUAUAUUCAUGGAUUUGCUCUGUUGUGUCCUCUGUGAAGCGUCCUAAUUAAAUCCAAGGGGAAAA